AUGGCCACCCUUGUUGUUCCUAACCAAACUUCUCCUGUUGAAGAUGCUGAGGCUCUCCAAAAGGCUUUCAAAGGAUGGGGUGCUGAUGAGAAGGCCAUUGUAGCAAUAUUGGGUCAUAGAAAUGUUUAUCAGAGGCAACAAAUUAGAAAAGCUUAUGAGGAGCUUUUCCAAGAGGAUCUUAUCAAACGUCUUGAGUCUGAGAUCUCUGGUGACUUUGAGAGAGCUGUGUACCGUUGGAUGUUGGAACCUGCGGAUCGUGAUGCUGUUUUGGCCAAUGUGGCAAUCAAGAAUGGCAACAAAGAGUUUCAUGUGGUUGUGGAAAUUGCUUGUGUACUUUCAGCUGAAGAGCUUUUGGCAGUGAAGCGUGCCUAUCACAACCGUUACAAACGUUCCUUGGAAGAAGAUGUGGCAGCUAAUACCACUGGCCAUCUUCGCCAGCUUUUGGUUGGAUUGGUGAGCACAUUUAGGUAUGAGGGGGAUGAGAUCAAUGCAAGAUUGGCACAAACUGAAGCUAACAUUCUUCAUGAAACUGUCAAGGAGAAGAAAGGAAACUAUGAAGAAGUCAUCAGGAUCCUUACUACAAGGAGCAAGACUCAACUUGUUGCAACUUUCAACCGCUACAGAGAUGAGCAUGGCAUUUCCAUCAGCAAGAAAUUGUUGGAUCAAGCAUCAGAUGACUUUCACAAGGCAUUUCACACAGCUAUUCGUUGCAUUAAUGACCAUAAGAAGUACUAUGAAAAGGUUCUGCGCAAUGCAAUCAAAAGAUUUGGAACUGAUGAGGAUGGACUCAGCCGUGUGGUGGUGACAAGGGCUGAGAAGGAUCUGAAGGACAUCAAAGAGAUCUACUACAAGAGAAACAGUGUUCACCUUGAGGAUGCAGUGUCCAAGGAAAUCUCAGGGGACUACAAGAAGUUCAUCCUCACUCUCUUGGGGAGACAAGACUAA